AUGCCAAUCGCCCCUACGUCCCCUCCAAUUUCUCCUGUCACACCAUCACCACCACGCCCUGACCCGCUGGUACCUGCGCUCUACCCCCCGCCGUACGACUUUCCUUUCGAGCACUUCCGUGGGACGGGCGAUUCCUUCGCACCAUCUCGCCAAAACCUUCACGUCGAACGCCCACGACACAUUCCUCCAGUUUCCUAUAAAGGCAGUGCUUUUUUGGAAACGAUGGAGGAUGUGAAGAGGCCAGACGAAGGUGUCUCGGUGGUCGCGGAAGACGCUGAACCUCUACAUGAGGAAGUUGAGGAAGCUCAACUAUGUCCCAGCACCCCUUCACCCCCGCCUAAGGAAAGCGGAUUGUCCUCACUCCCAGAAAUGGCAAGUACUCAAAUUCCUCCACAGACCCCUCUCCAAACCCCACGUCUUCCCGAACCUCCAAGCCCUAGGACUAUACGGGUGAACGCCCUGAAUCGUGUUGCUCAAGAGGAGCACAAGAUUCAGGAGCAGAUGGUCACCUUUCUUCACACGAUUCCCACUGGCUCGGGAUACGAGCUCUCGGCAUGCCUGAUACUAAACCUUCUGUGUGAAGCAAAGGAGUAUCUGGAGCCACUCUUUCCAGAUGGACUGAGUGGUAUUCCCACAGGCUAUCUCGUCUGGGGACAAUCCAUCGUCGAUUUCUGGGGCGCCCUAUCGCCAUACGGCUGGGACUUCCUUCAUCACCCGGACAGCAGGAUGCCUGAGUUCAUCAGAAGGUAUCGCAAUCUUACGAUCUGGUUUGGAGUGGAAGAACUCCUCAGUGAGUUCUUGUUUGUGCCGCCGUCUAUCCCGGAGCCUGAACCCGUCCCUGCUCCAGUACCUGUGCCCGAGCCCGUCUCGGAGCCUGUUUUGACUAUUGCUGAGGCUAAGCCUCAACUCCAAGAGCAAACGGCAGUGGCUCAAGUCUCUUCCUUUGCGGCACCACCACCACCACAGCCAGAGCAUUCUGCUCCACAGUCGGAUCCUGCCCCUAAGACUCUCACGUACACAAUGUCGUCGAUCCCUGCAAACUUCUCUUAUCGGAAACCCAGCCAAAAGUCCGAUCCUCCUCCUCCUCCUCCUCCUUCUCCUCCACCACCACCUCAACAGAAGCAACCCGCUCCAUUCAGUUUUCAAUAUAUCAUACUCUCAACUCCUGUGAACACCUCCUCUCGAAGGAGCAACAGGACAUCCAAAUCCCUACUAACAAGAUCAUCACGACCCGCACCACCACCACCACCUCAGAAGCAACCUGCCGAACCUCCCAAACCCACCCCAGUCGACCCCAACGCCAUCGACUUCACCGACCCAAAGUGGUCCACCAAACCCACUCCCGAACUCCUCACCCUAACCUGGCGCUCCUUCUCCUUCCCCACCCCCCACGCCGCAGCCCUAAAAAUCUGGGGCCACUCCACCAUGGGCCGCCUCUCCCUCCCCUCUCCCCACACCGACCUUCUCUCCUCACCGUACAUAAAAUCGCACCUCGAAGCCGCCGCCCUCGACUUCAAGCGCGCGGCCGCCAUCCUGCGCCUCCAAACGCUCGACUGCGAGAAGCCCUGCGAGGACGACUUGGGCAUGUCGCCGUUGUUCGGCGAAGUCAUGCAGUUGAUUGUGCAAGCGGCAGAGUUCACGGAACGCUGCGAUGAGUUGGCCGAGUGGUAUGCGGAAGAUAGGUGGUAUCAUGCGUGUGUUUUUUUUCGCGAUGCGUGCUCUUUACUGCUUAUUAUUGCUCUUCUUGUUUUGUUACGCUGCUUAGACGAUACCCCCCAAUGA